AUGGACUAAGAAUUUUAAGACGAUGAUGACUAGGAACAAUAGUCUCAGCAGGCAGAAAGCGGAUCUAACCUUAAUGAUGCCUCUAUGAAUUAAGAGGAUGAAACGAAUAUAAAUAAUUAACUAGAAAUUAGUAAGGACAAAAAGCAAAUGAAGCGAAUAUGCUUAAUUCCUAUUUACAAAGAAUGGAAAUCAGAGAGAUAAAUCUUCUAAGCGUUUUGUAUGCUCUAAAUUGCUAUUCUUUGCGUUUUUUGCGGUAUAAUUUUAGGUCACAUGUAUAUUGCUACUUAUUUAAUUGAUUAGAGUGCCCUGUAAGAAGCGUAAGCUUCAAUAUAAAAUACACUUUCUAAUCAAAUUCAAACUGCUUAAAAUUUGUAUAUUGGUAUCUUCAAUCGAAAUUUCGUCUCUCUCUCUUCUAUCACAAAAAUAUUCCUCUCAUCUCUUCAACUAGACGAUAGUUUUUAUGAUGAAUCUUUUUCUACAUUUCCUCUUAUUGGACCUAAUAGAUAUAUUUCAAUUAAAUAAGCUGUACCUUCUUAGACUCAGUAUGAUUUAUAUCUCAGUUAGUAAUACUAUUCAAAAAAUUAAAUUUCCUUAGACUAUAUUUCCUAUUUUUCGCUUUCUAAUUCUAAAGAUUGGACUGUUCUAAGUCCAUAAGCAUAAAAAUAUCUAUAAGGAGCAGACAUAUUGAAUUAUUAUCUUAAAAAUUUAGUUUAUUAUAAAGGGUCUCAAAUAAGAAUCCAGUAACUUUACUUGUCUUUUGGCAAUGAUCUUCAAGUUUUUUAUCCAGCAGGGGCAUGUGCUUAGCUACUUUAAAAGAAUGGUUAACAUAUAGAUAUAACAUAAAGAAAAUGGUACUUAGCAAGCUAAAAUGCUUUUUAAAGUUCUAAUUUAGCUACUUAUUAGGUUACUGGGCCAUAUUAAGAUUUAGUUACAAAUUUGCCUAUUGUAACUGUCUCUAUACCGAUAGUGACUAAAGAUGGCAAAAUGAUUGGAGUUAUUGGAAUUGACAUUUUUUGUUAUGAGUUAGAUUAAGUGCUCCCACCCCAAAGCGAAUUAUAUUAAAGCAGUAAAUUUUAUUUAGCUAAUAUUUCUGAUGGUUCGAUAUUAAAUGAUCCAGCUAAGAUUUUAGCAAACGAUCCUUUUAACUCAGGACAAUCUUUUUACCAUGUGUCAAAUUAAUAAUAUACAAACAUAACUGAUUAAAAUUGGCAAUAGAUUUAAAACUAAAAUUACAGUGUUAACUCUUAUUUUGAAUUUAUGGAUGCAAAUAAUAAUUAAUUAAUAGUCUACAGAUAAUUUGUUUCUAAUAAAAAUUUCAGUCCAAAUUAGUUAGUUUUUUUUAUAAUCAUUACUGAUAGAGAUGGAUUCGAAGAGUAUUAUUCAAUAUAAAGCAAUUUAUAGUCAUCAUUUUAAAAAAAACAAUACUAUCUUAUAAUUACAGAGUGCUCUGUUGUUGUCUUUUGUAUUCUAUUAUCUAUUUAUUUUGUGAAGUCUAUUGUUGCUCCCCUUUAAGAACUUGCUGACUGUACAAAGGAAUUUACAAAUCAAGAGAAAAAAAAUAACAAUUCUUCAGAAAUAAAAAAGAAAAAACAGUUUGAAGAUAUAAAAACAACUGAUAGAGCCAUUGAUUCUUUAAUUUAGGCAUUUAAAAAAUUAAUAAAAGAUUUAAGUGGCUUUAAGAAAGGAACUAGAAGAGAAAACCAUUAAUAGAGUGAAGAUAUAAUUGAAUAUCCAAGGAGUGAUUAUAACGAUACAGGAUUUUGCAGAUUCACUAGAUUUUUAUUUAAUUAUGAAGAGUUUUAAGAGCGUUUAAAUUAUUAUGUAGAGUAAUUACAAAAGCUUUUGAACAUGAAAAAAACAAAGGAAGAAGAGUUUUAAGAAACAGAAUACUACGAUUCGAGUUAAAACGAAUCACAAUAUUUAAAUUAAGAAAAUCUAUUCUAUAAAAUCGAAGCUACCUUCUUCAACUUCAUAGAGGUUGUUUUAGAUAGGUUGCUCUAUAUUAUUAAUGAGCAAAUUCACAAAGGCCAUAUUCCAUAGUUAGCAAAAGAAGAUAUAGAUUUGCUUUAAUAAAUCUCAGUUUUUUGUAAUUUAAUAAAUAUAUGUAGCAAAAAUCUCAUUAUAUACGACAAAUUUAGAAGUUAAUAAUCAAGUUAAAAUGGUGGUGAUUAUGAUGAUCAAGAUAAUGAUCCUAUAUAAGAAGAUGAUAUAUCCAAUAUGCCUGAUGAAAAUCUCAUAAUUUAUGAUAGGAAAUCAACUAUUAAGAGAUUUGAUGAAGUUACUUACAAGUUUAAAAGAAUAGAGCAGCUAAAUAUUUAAUUAGUUAAAAAAAAAUUAGAAAAAAAGAACACCUAAUUUUUAAACGAAAUUCUUCCUAAGUCAAUUAUGAUUGACUGA